AUGACACCAAAAUUAAUUUUAAUAUUUGCAAUUUUAUUUAUUUUUAUUUCAAUUUCCAGUGCUGGAAUUACGAGUGUAGUUCAAGAUGGAAAGAGAAUAACUAUUAAUUAUUCACCAAUGACAAUGUUAUUCUUUCAAGAACAAUUAACUAAAAAUGGAAUGAAGACUAGUAUACUACCAUAUUGCAAGGCUUUGUAUGGAUGGUCACCUUUAAUUUGUAAUUUACCAACUGUCCCAUCGUGUGAUGGUAUUAGACUGUAUGGUGCUACUGGUAUUGGUGAAGAUGAUGAUGAAGAUAGUAAACAAAAACAACUGCAACAACAACAACAAAUUAAAUCAUCAUCAUUAUUUCAUUGUCGAGUAGCAGAUGAUUUAAUGGAUUCAGUUGGUCAAACUCCUUUAAUUAAAAUACAAAGUUUAUCAGAUGCAACAGGAUGUACAAUACUUGGUAAAGCAGAAUUUAUGAACCCAGGAGGUAGUCCAAAGGAUAGAGUAGCUAAAUCGAUUAUAUUGGAUGCAGAGAAGAGGGGAUUAUUGAAACCGGGUGUAUCGACGAUUGUAGAGGCUACUGCGGGUAGUACAGGUAUAUCAUUGGUCACCUUUGCUAAAAAGAGAGGUUACAAUGUCGAGCUAUACAUUCCCGACAAUGUAUCAAAAGAGAAGAUUGAAUUGCUAGAGAUGCUCGGUGCAAAGACAAACAUUGUACCGAUUGUAGGUAUGAACAAUGCCAAUCAUUUUAUGCAUUGUGCCUAUCAACGUUGUCUAGUCGACGAGAAUGCAUUCUAUGCCAAUCAAUUUGACAAUCUAUCAAACUUUAAUGCUCACUUUUAUGGAACUGCCAAAGAGAUUUGGGAACAAACUUCAGGAGGUCACAUAGAUGCUUUUAUUUGUGGUGCUGGUACUGGUGGUACUAUUGCUGGUAUUUCAAAUUAUUUAAAAUCAAGAAAUAAUUUAAUAGAAACAUGGUUAAUUGAUCCACCAGGAUCAGGAUUAUAUAAUUUAGUACAAAAUGGAGUGAUAUUUGAUGUUAGAGAUAGAUUGGUAGUAGAUAAAUUUGGACCGCGGUCAUUCUAUGAAGGUGUAGGUGUCAAUAGAAAGACAGAGAAUUUUAACAAGGCUGUAUUAAAUGGAGCGUUCAAGGGAAGUGAAAUGGAAGGUGUCGAGAUGGCACACCAUCUAUUAAAACAAGAUGGUUUGUUUUUGGGAGGAAGUAGCGCUCUCAACUGUGUGGGUGCCGUCAAAUUGGCACGUAAACUUGGGCCAGUCGACUUUACAACAAACAAUGGUUGGAAGAAAAUAAUUUACAAUUAUCAACUAUAA